UUCAAAUAAAUCAGCAAGAAUAAAAGUUCUUUUCACAGCUAGAGCGUAAUUAUUUGUAUUAUGGAGUGAGUGAUCAUUCGGAGCAGAGCUUAUUCACCUGCUUAGCAGAGCUGGACUGUGUGGUGGCCAUGAGGGCCCUAGUUCUACUAGGGGAAGAUAUCAAUCAACCGAACGAGAGAGGACAGACGCCUCUGAUGUAUGCUAGCAUAUGGGUGUCUGCUAAUGUAGUUCGAUGGCUCUGGUCGCAUCAAGAUAUUAAUAAGAACAUUGUGGAUAACCGGGGCCUGAGUGCGUUAACACAUUGCUGCAAAGUGCUUUAUUAUAGAGUUUUGGGAACGCACAAAGCAGAACUUUUUAUCGACAUUUGUCGUAUAUUUCUCGAAGAUGAUAGUUGGCUCAAUUUUGACCUCCCGGAUGUGGAAGGGAGAACAGCGCUUUCGCACGCAGUUAGUUCCAACAAAUUAGAGCUGGUGGAAAUGCUCUUGAAUAAAGAGGCAGAUCCUAACUCUAGGGACAAUUUAGGUCGUACGCCCUUAUCUUACGCAGUUGGAUUGGGCACGUCAGGUAUGACUGAAAAGCUACUCGCCCGGCCAGGAGUUGACAGAGACGCGAAAGACAACCAGGGAUUAACCCCAUUGCGACGGGCAUUGCGGUAUCCUGAAGUUGUCUCAAUGCUACUUGAGACGGGGGAGGUGGACGUCAACUCAAACGCCGAUGACGGCUUGACGCCGUUAACUGCUGCAAAACUAUUGAAGGAAAAAACAUUCAGUAUCAGCACAAUACGUGAUAUCAAAUCUACCAUCGCAAUACUGGAAAGAUACAACCGGUAUGGAAGAAGCUGGAAGGACAAAUCCUCUAAUUCCUAG